AUGUGGCAUUUGGAGCGUCUGGGCUUAAGAUCGAGCCCCCCACUGCUCCUGGUGCUUGUUUACACGUAUUUCUGCGCGCUGGGAGAUUGCCUUUUUGUGACUGAUUACUUCACCCGAACGCCUCGUAAGCUGAAUGCUUUCAACUCCUUCGCCAGCGUGGAGCUCUUCCACUUCCACGUGCCGGAAGACACGGUCAUGGCCGUCUGGAACCUCAUCACCUUCAAAGAGCAGGGAGGAACCUUCGGGGACAGCUGCCCCGACCACAACGUGACUGUGUACUUCAGGGCGGGGGCUCCUCCUGUGAUCAACCCCCUCCACACCCACUUCCCGCGGGACACGGUGGUCCCGGGGUCCUUCGCUGUCACCCUGACGUGGACCCUCCCCAACCGCACCACGGGGGCGUUCAACGUGACCAGCCCGCUCCCGGGGGACUGGUUCCUGGCCGCCCACCUGCCCAAGGAUGAGGGCAAGAUCUCCGUCAAGGGUCUGUACGAGGAAUGCCAGUAUCUCUUUCAACCCCAGCUCAUCGUCCAAAGACUCAUUGGGAUUGCGGUGCUCUAUCCAGGAUACUUUAUCGACCAGAUGAUCCCCGUUCACAACAGAUCUGCACUUUAUAAAGUGUUUAUCCCAAGCUACGUCUCGAGGGUGAAGGUCCAGCUGGUGAACUGCAGCACCAAGAACAAGAGCGGCGACAGCUGCCCCGUGGUGCUGAAGAUCCGGGCUCGGGCGCCGCCCGUCCACAACUCCAGCGCUCUGGACUGCAGGGAGUGGAGUCCCUGCGAGCUGGACUCCCCGCUGCCAGCCUGGGGCCAGUGGUACUACGUCCUGGUGGAGCGAUACCUGAGCGACGCCGACGUCUACUUCCGCAUCGGGGUGCGGGUCACAGAUUGCUCCAAACCCAACUUAUCCCGGGACCACGCGGGGCCCAGCUCGGCCCUGAACAUGCCGCAGUCCUUCGGCAUGGCCAUGGGCUUCUCCCUGUCGGAGACGCUCCCGAUGGCCGACCUGCCGGCGCUGUCCGGGAACGCCAGCCGGCUCGGCGCCUCCGAGGACCCCGUGGUCUACCUGUCCCCCAGCUCGGACCCGGAGAUGUGCUGGCCCGUCCGGCCGACGCUGCGCAACGAGCUGGACACCUUCUCCGUGCACUUCUACGUCUUCUUCGGCCCCAACAUCUCCGUCCCGCCGGACCGGGCCGCCGUCUUCGCCAUCAACCUGAUGCCCGUGCUGGACAGCGGCGGCGUGCUCAACAUGGAGAUCAAGCUCAACAUGUCCACAGUGAAAGGAGCAAACAUCACCGUGUUCGGGUGCCUGAACCACGGCAUGCCGCUCUUCAUGCGCGAGAACUCUUCCAUCAAAUGUGAAUCAGAGUCGGCAGCGGGUUUCCUACUCACGGUCAACUCGUCGUCCAACAUCACCAAACUGAGGAUCCCCUACCCCCAGACGGGUACCUGGUACCUCAGCCUGCGGUCGCUGUGCGGUACAGAACACGGGUUUGAGGCAUGCCCCAACGUGACAGCCGAGGUGUACCUGCGCUCCUACCUGACGCCCUGCAUCAACGACUGCGGGACGUACGGACAAUGCAAGCUGCUGCGGACAAACAACUACCUUUACGCCGCGUGUGAAUGCAAAGCAGGCUGGGACGGAUGGGGAUGCACGGACAACUCGGGGGCCUACUCCUACAGCUUCCAGCUCCUCUCCACACUGCUCCUGUGUCUCAGCAACCUGAUGUUCGUUCCUCCGGUGUUUAUCGCCAUUCGCAGCCACUACCUCCUUGAGGCGUCCGUCUACAUCUUCACCAUGUUCUUCUCUACCUUCUACCACGCCUGUGACCAGCCGGGCAUCGUGGUCUUCUGCAUCAUGGAGUACGAUGUCCUGCAGUUCUGUGACUUCCUGGGCUCGCUGAUGUCCGUCUGGGUCACGGUGAUCGCCAUGGCCAGACUGAAGUCCAUCAUCAAACAGGUGCUCUACUUGCUGGGAGCGAUGUCUCUUUCCAUGGCUCUUCAGCUGGACCGACACGGCCUGUGGAACCUGCUGGGACCCAGUCUGUUCGCCCUGGGGAUCAUGGCAGUAGCAUGGGCGGUGCGCACCGUCCGCCGCCGGCGCUGCUACCCGCCCACCUGGAAGCGCUGGGCCUUCUUCCUGUUCCCCGGCGCCAUGAUCGCCACGUCGGCCGUGGCGCUCUACGCCUUCGUGGAGACGGAGGAGAACUACUUCUACAUCCACAGCAUCUGGCACAUGCUGAUCGCCGGCAGCGUGGGCUUCCUGCUGCCGCCGCGCGCCAAGCCCGACGCCAGCGUCACGCCGCUGAAGCACCGCCGGCGCGGCUGCGGCUACCAGCUGUGUGUCAACGAGCACGAGGAGAUGGGCCUGGUCGACCCCGCCGCCAUCAUCUCCAUCAACAGCAUCUGCACCAGCUGA